GGGGAAUUUCCUGCAAAAUCGAAAGCAGCAAAUAAUAAUUGCUCGGUGUUUGUCGUCAAGGGGCAAAAAAAUGCCAGCGGAUCAGAGUUUGGGCCGGGAGGUGCUGAUGCUUGUGGUAGGGGUAGCUAUUGUGAUCGUCCCAUACUGGUACGAUAGACGCUUGCAAGGAGUGAAUGAGAAGAUGCAGAAAAUUCUUGCACAGACCGAAAAAACAAACAAGGAUACUCUUCAGGUCGUGAGGUCUGAAUGUGAUACCAAGUAUGAAAGACUGAAGUUUUUCUAUGAUGAUUACAUCAAACGUUUGCAUGAUGAACAGGUUCAUCGAGUUCAGAGGCUGGAAAAUUCUUACGAGAAUGUGAUAUACCACUUGGAAGAAGCAUAUAAAACUAAAGUACCACGAAAAGGGGGGAAAAUUGACGUUUCAGCAACCACAGGAAACACAUCGUGUCCAGACGGUUGGGUCGCUUUUGGUCCUUCCUGUUACAUAGUUAUCCACACAGUCGCCACUAUGCCGUCAGCAAUGCAUCACUGUCACAGUCUGAAUUCAAAAUUAGCGGAACUUGAGACCGAACAGGAGAGAAACUUCAUCGUUCAACAUAUAAAAGACCUCAGAAUGUCAGAGUCUACGUGGAUAGGAGGAUCAGACGCCGUCAUUGAGGGACAGUGGUACUGGAUGACGUCACAAGUGACGUUUGCAUUCACAGACUGGGUGGAGGGGGAACCAAACAAUGACAGAGGUGGCGAGGAUUGUGUUCACAUUAACCCCGGGUCAGGGUAUCACUGGAAUGAUGCCUCCUGUACAAUAGCCUACAAAUUCAUCUGUGAGAAACAGAAGGAAGUUUAAAAGACAACCGUCAACUGGUGGGCGGAAAGUGUUCUUAUGGAGCGGCUUAUACAGUCGAAUUUUGUUUGCUGUGUUAUCUGCUGCGUUCGUCUACAUACUUUCAUUUUUGAUAUUAUAACCAUGAUGAGACAACAAAAGCCACCAGAUGUUCGACAUCAGAAUACUUUUUAAUUCGUCAUCUAAAGAACACAUGUACUGCAUUCACAACAUCUCGGAUCAGAGGCCACAAAAAGACUGGAUGAGACGGGAGCAUUCGGGGAAUAUUGGAAUUUUUUUUUAAAAAACAUCGUUUUCUGAAUAAAACCGAUUACAAUUUGUGAUCUGGAUCAAUUUAAAGAUUUUUUUCAGAGCAGGACUAAAAUAUGACUAUUCGGUUUAAGAUUGGAAAUUAUUAGUAUAAAAAGUCGUGUGAUCUUCAGGAAUUUGAAGGAAUCUCUUUAGUUGUAGAUUCCAAAGAACCACUGAAAUUGUUGGCCUUUUGGCCCCAUGAGGAAAACUCGUCAAAUGAAAAAGAGCCAUUGAAAUAAUACACAUGUUAAGUGAGAUUCUGCCAAAAAAAUAAAUCGCCAAGCUUUCAACUACUUUUUGAGAGACAAAAUUGCCAAUAUUUAUCUUUGUAAAAUGUUGUCGAGUUAAAUUGCUGAAAUCUACCGAAGAAUUGUAUUGUAAUUACUGCAUGUGAUGUGAAAGUAUUGUCCUUUCUGACAUGUUACUUAUUUUUCAAGUAAACUCUGCAACAUAACUAAUGUGACUGCACUGUAAUUGCUUUAUGUGAUGGGAAAGUAUGCUAAAAUUGCAUUAUGCUGUAAUUACUAUAUAUGAUGUGAAGUGUGUUGUGGUUGUAAGGAACUGUAAUUAAUGUAUGCAAUGUGAGAGUAUAAAACAUCAUCAUAAUAAUAUACAUGUAAUAAAGAAUGUACUAUUUUG